AUGGGAUGUGGUAGUUCAAGAGUUAAUACUAAUUCAGUGAAGAGAAUAGUGAAAGAAUAUCACUGCACAGCUGGGACAGCCAUCAAGGCUGCCAUUCUCAUCCAGAGGUGGUAUCGUCAAUAUGUUGCCCGGUUGGAAGUUCGCAGACGGUGCACGUGGACUAUUUUUCAAUCAAUUGAGUAUGCAGGGGAGCAGGAUCAGAUCAAGCUGCACGAUUUUUUCAGUUAUUUGAUGGAGCACUUUACUCCAGCUUCUGGCAAUGAACAAGAUCAUAUUUCCCAAAUUUUCACUCAGACAAAUGAGUCAUGUAAGGAUGCAGAAUGGGCUACUCACUGCUUCUAUGGUAAUAUUGAGAUUUCAGACUCUUACACUGGACCUCAGCUCUGUUUCCCUCUCACUCCCGCACAUGUAACGACCUUACUGGAAGCCUUCAAACGUGAACAACAGCUUCAUGCUCGCUAUGUAUUAGAGCUUCUAAAUGAAACCAGGAAGCAUUUGGAGCAUUUGCCAAAUAUCAGCCAUGUUUCUACCUGCUACAGUAAAGAGAUUACAAUAUGCGGUGAUUUACAUGGACAAUUGGAUGACUUAUUGUUAAUAUUCUAUAAGAACGGGCUGCCAUCACCAGAAAAAGUGUAUAUCUUUAAUGGAGACUACGUUGACAGAGGGAAAUAUUCUAUUGAGAUUCUGCUGAUUCUGUUUGCAUUUCUACUUGCUUACCCAAAAGCAAUCUAUCUAAACAGAGGAAACCAUGAAGAUUAUGUCAUCAACUUAAGAUAUGGAUUCACAAAGGAAGUAAUGCAGAAAUAUCAGGCACAUGGCAGAAUAAUACUGAAAUUAAUACAGAGAGUUUUCAGUUGGUUGCCACUAGCUACUAUUAUAGAUGAAAAAAUAUUGAUUUUACAUGGAGGCAUUUCAGAAGCAACAGAUUUGGAUUUCCUGAGCAAGAUUGACAGGCACAAGUAUGCUUCGGCUUUGAGACGAUCCAAAAGGAAAAGGUUUGAACAGAGCAAGCAAGUGUCGGAUCAGGAGCAAUACUUCAGCCGGGGUAAUGAGCAGUGUUUGAACAAAUCUGACCAAACUCCAAGGAAGAAUUUAUUAUCUGGCGUGUUUAACCUUCAUUGUCAUAGUUACAAGAGUCAGAGGAGGAAGAGUUCUGGCACUACAUGCGGAAAGGAAAAGGAAAUCUUUCAAAGAGUACAAUGUUCAGUUGAGGAGGGACUAGAAAAAUGUCGUAGAAAAGUGGGCUUCAGUAACACGCAUGAUGAAUCUAAAAUAUCACGGUCCAUGUUAGAUUCUGACACUCAAGAAAUCCUUGACUUCAACAACCAUGAAUGGAAACAGAUUGUGGACAUCUUGUGGAGUGACCCAAUGCAUCAGGAAGGUUGUAUUGCAAAUACGGUCAGAGGAGGUGGAUGCUACUUUGGACCUGAUGUGACUGAAAAGAUUCUACAGAAACACCAAUUACAGCUCUUGAUCAGAUCCCAUGAGUGUAAGCAAGAGGGCUAUGAGUUCUGCCACAAUGAAAAGGUCCUGACCAUAUUUUCUGCUUCAAAUUAUUAUGAAGUUGGCAGUAACAAAGGAGCUUACGUGAAACUUGGUCCUGACCUUGUUCCUCAUUUUGUACAGUACCAAGUUAGUCAAAGUACUCGGAAACUAACCCUGAGACAAAGAGUGAGUAGAGUUGAGAGGUCGGCAUUAGGAGCUCUGCGGAAGAAGAUUUUUGCCCAUAAAUCAGAUCUCAUCAGUGCAUUUGAGCAUUAUGAUAAGAAUAAAACAGGUAACAUUUCACUGAAUGACUGGGCAAAUGCUCUGGAGACAACAUUAGCUCUGGGUCUGCCAUGGCGUGUUUUGCGAUCCCAACUUGUGCCCAGUGCUCCUAAUGGACUUCUGAAUUUUUACUCAUGGUUUGAUGAUCUCGCCAUAGAGAAACCCAUUGCGCAGCAUGUACAACCUAGUUUGCUGGAAAUGCUUUACAGAAGCAGGUCUGACCUGGAAACCAUUUUUAGAAUUAUUGACAGUGACAACUCUGGUCUGAUAACAUUCGAGGAAUUGCAAAAAACUUGUAAACUCCUCAGUUCUCACCUUAAGAUUGAUGUUAGUGAUAAAGCCAUUGGUGACCUGGCUCGCAGUAUGGACUUCAACAAGGAUGGAAGUAUAGACAUUAAUGAGUUCCUUGAAGCUUUUCGUCUGGUCGAUAAUUCAAGUUACUAA